AUGGACAACAGUCUGACGGUCACUGACCCUCGCACCAACACGGUCGUCAAGAUCGCUAUUGAUCCCAGAUUCGGCACCAUCCCCGGAACCGCCUUUGCUCAAUUCAAGUUGAAACCCACGAUACCGCCUUCGGACGACCCAAACGACAGAGUGCCGCUGCGUCUGUACGACCCAGGCUUCAAAAACACGACCGUCUGCCGAUCAAAGAUAUCAAAUGUCGACGGAGAGAACGGGAAAUUGUACUACCGGGGAUACGAUGUGGAAGAGCUGUGUGAGAAGAGCAAUUUUCUCGAAGUGGCGUAUUUGCUGAACUACGGGGAACUGCCGGACCCAAUGGAGGCAGAGAAGUGGUCCAAGGCGGUGAUGACCCAUACUUACAUCCACGCCGAGUUGGAGAAGCAGAUGAUGUCGUUCCGAUAUGAUGCUCACCCUCACGGGAUGCUCAUCGCGACCAUCGCUUCCCUGUCCACCUUCCACCCGGAAGCAAACCCUGCCUUGCAAGGAACCGACUUCUACAUGUCGCCCAAGAUUCCUGCUGGGCAGGAGCCAACACCAGAACAGGCAGAGAAGGUGAAACAUGCUCAGGAAGUAAGAAACAAAGCGACGUUCCGGAUGCUGGGGAAGACCGCCACCAUAGCCGCCAAUGUGUACCGUCAUAGGCUUGGACGGCCAUACAAUCACCCAAUGCCCGGCGUCUCUAGCUAUACUGAGAACUUGCUGUACAUGAUGGAUAAGUUGAACGAGCCCGACUACCGACCUGACCGCCGCCUUGUAAGGGCUCUGGACACUAUGUUCAUUCUGCUUGCCGAGCAUGGAAGCAACUGCUCCACCAUUCUGAUGAGGCAUUUGAUGUCCUCCGGAGUGGAUCCGUAUACAGCGUUAUCUGGUUCGGCUGGUGCGCUUUUUGGCGAGCGGAAGGCAUCAGCGGUGAUCACGAUGUUGAAGGAGAUUGGAAAGGUUGAGAAAAUCCAACACUAUCUGUCGAUCGUCAAACGUCGCGAGAGCUUCGUCGGAAACAUUGGUAUGCAAAAGAUAAAUCGACCUGCAAGGCUCAUGGGCUUCGGUCAUCGCGUAUACAAGACUGGCGACCCGAGAGUCAAAAUCGCAAAGAAGGUCGCGUUCGAUCUUUUCGCACUGAUGGGCAAAGAUAAUGUUGCGGAAUUGGCUCUCGCCUUGGAAGAAGCCGUCGCGGCGGACGAAUGGUUUACAAAGCGCGGCUUGUACCCAAACAUCGACUUCUGGUCAGCCAUAGUGUUUCAUACGUUAGGGUUUCCCGUCGACAUGUUCCCGGUUCUGUUGACCGUCCCUAGGGUGGCAGGACUCAUUGCGAACUGCUGGGAAAGCUUGGACGACCCGGAGUACAAGAUCUACAGACCGAGGCAGAUCUACACCGGGGAAGUCAUACGCAAAUACUCGCGCGCACAGGAACGCCGACUUAGUCUGGACAACUCUGCAUUGGCGUAUUUGCAGAAUGACCCUCUCGCUGCCAAAAGGCGAGGUACUGCCGAUCCUAACUCGUCGCAUGAGAUUGACGACAUUGUUUCGCGCACGCAGCGGUCGAUUGAUGAAUUGAACGACAAACUUCUCGAGCUUGAGACGCUGGGCGUCGACCCUCAGCUUGCAAGCGCUGGAGGGCCCAGACAACAGGGCGGCGCGACGGCUCUGGCUACCAACCUGAGCACGCGUGUGAGCUCUUGGGUGUCUGGUCGUCUCUUCAAUAGCCCAACGGGUGUGGGUCAUACGUUGCAGUUGGCUGAGCAACUUCGGAAAACCCAAGCGGAGCUCACUACCCUACUGGAGAAGCAACGCGAAAUGCUGGUCGCCAACGCAGAAGCCAACAGCGACAGUAACCCAGCGCGUAACGAGGAACCACAAGCAUCGUCCCUCGCAUCAUCGACACUGUCACCAACUGCAGCAGAUUGGCGCGCAUCAAGCGGCCGCUCGCCUAACCUCUUGGGAGGAGGAAGCCCACGAGCUAUCGCCCCGACAUUAUCGACUUCCGGCUCUAGGCCUUCGACGCCGGGAGGACAUUAG